AUGAAGUUCCCCCGGGCACGUGACUUCACCUUCUUUUUUGGGAAAUCCAACAACGCUAAAAUCCUACAGUUAGAACAUCUAAGCAAACGGGGCAUUGCUUGGGACGAGUUAAGUAAAGAAGAGACCCACGUUCCGAAGGCAAAACCCACUAACUGUACAUACCAAAUGAUCUGCGGCCGCCGGAGAGUUUUGCUGAAGUAUUGGAGAAUGGGGUCUGGCUAUAUCUGUCAGCUAUAA